AUGGAGCAACAGGCGCCGCCGCCCCCGGCGGGGGCCGUGGCGGUGGGCCGGGCUCGGCGGGAGCAGGACGCGGAGCCUCCCCGGGUUUCUUUCUGUGGAUCAAAAUCCUUCAGAAGAAAAAGUCCUGACAAUCCAAUGUUGAGCAAAGCUGAGUUUGUGGAGAAGGUUCGCCAGAGCAACCAGGCUUGCCAUGACGGCGAUUUCCACACGGCAAUCGUGCUGUACAACGAGGCCUUGGGGGUGGACCCUCAGAACUGCAUUCUCUACAGCAACCGUUCUGCAGCCUACAUGAAAAUCCACCAGUAUGACAAGGCCUUGGAUGAUGCCAUCAAAGCACGACUCCUGAAUCCCAAGUGGCCAAAGGCAUACUUCCGUCAGGGCGUGGCCCUGCAGUACCUGGGACGCCAUGCGGAUGCGCUGGCAGCGUUUGCGUCGGGGCUGGCGCAGGAUCCCAAGAGCCUUCAGCUGCUGGUCGGCAUGGUCGAGGCCGCCAUGAAGUCUCCCAUGCGAGAGUCCUUGGAGCCCACCUACCAACAACUGCAGAAGAUGAAGCUGGACAAGAGCCCCUUUGUUGUGGUGUCUGUGAUUGGCCAGGAGCUCCUGACUGCAGGCCACCACGGGGCCUCUGUGGUGGUGCUAGAGGCUGCCCUGAAGAUUGGCACUUGCAGCCUGAAGCUGCGGGGAUCAGUGUUCUCUGCACUGAGCAGUGCGUACUGGUCCCUUGGGAACACGGAGAAAAGCACUGGAUACAUGCAGCAGGACUUGGACGUAGCCAAGAGUUUAGGUGACCAGACAGGAGAAUGCCGAGCUCAUGGAAAUCUGGGCUCUGCAUUCUUCUCCAAAGGAAAUUACCGGGAAGCCCUUACGAACCACAGACAUCAGCUGGUGCUUGCCAUGAAGCUCAAGGACAGAGAGGCAGCAUCCUCAGCACUGAGCAGUCUGGGCCACGUGUACACAGCCAUCGGGGACUACCCAAAUGCACUGGCUAGCCACAAGCAGUGUGUCCUGCUCGCCAAGCAGUCCAAAGAUGAGCUCUCUGAGGCACGGGAGCUGGGCAACAUGGGGGCAGUGUACAUUGCAAUGGGGGAUUUUGAAAAUGCAGUGCAGUGCCACGAACAACAUCUGAAGAUCGCCAAGGAGCUGGGGAACAAGCGGGAGGAAGCUCGAGCCUACAGCAACCUGGGCAGUGCUUACCACUACCGCAGGAACUUUGACAAAGCCAUGUCCUACCACAACUAUGUGUUGGAGUUGGCCCAGGAGCUGGCUGAGAAGGCCAUUGAGAUGCGAGCUUAUGCUGGCCUGGGCCAUGCAGCUAGAUGUAUGCAAGACCUGGAGAGGGCUAAGCAGUACCAUGAAGAACAGUUGCACAUUGCUGAGAGCCUGCAGGACCGAGCUGCUGAAGGCAGAGCCUCCUCCAAUCUAGGAAUCAUUCACCAGAUGAAAGGCGACUACGACACCGCGCUGCGGCUGCACAAGACACACCUGUCCAUAGCGCAGGAGCUGAGCGAUUACGCGGCCCAGGGCCGAGCCUAUGGCAACAUGGGCAACGCUUACAAUGCCCUGGGCAUGUACGACCAGGCUGUCAAGUACCAUCGGCAGGAGCUGCAGAUUUCCAUGGAAGUCAACGACCGUGCCUCUCAGGCAUCCACACACGGGAACUUGGCAGUUGCUUAUCAGGCACUGGGUGCCCAUGACCGUGCUCUGCAGCACUACCAAAAUCAUCUCAACAUUGCCCGGGAGCUGCGGGACAUCCAGAGUGAAGCACGAGCCCUCAGCAAUUUGGGCAACUUCCACUGCACGCGGGGAGAGUUCGUGCAGGCGGCCCCGUACUAUGAGCAGUACCUGCGCUUGUCCCCAGAGCUGCAGGACAUGGAAGGCGAGGGGAAGGUUUGCCACAACCUCGGCUAUGCCCAUUAUUGCCUCGGGAACUAUGAGGAAGCUGUUAAGUACUAUGAGCAGGAUCUUGCCUUAGCAAAGGAUCUUCAUGACAAGCUGAGCCAAGCCAAAGCCUACUGCAACCUGGGCUUGGCUUUCAAAGCCCUGAUGGACUUCAACAAAGCAGAGGAGUGUCAAAAGUACCUGUUGUCCCUGGCACAGUCUCUGAACAAUUCCCAGGCCAAAUUUCGAGCUCUGGGGAACUUGGGGGAUAUUUUUGUCUGUAAAAAAGAUGUACAUGGUGCAAUAAAAUUUUAUGAGCAGCAGUUGAGCUUAGCCCAUCACGUUAAAGACAGGAGACUGGAAGCCAAUGCCUAUGCAGCCCUGGGCUCUGCAUACAGGAUGGUACAGAAGUGUGACAAGGCUUUAGGUUACCACACGCAGGAGCUGGAGGUGUACCAGGAGCUGGGGGAUAUGUCGGGUGAAUGCAGAGCACAUGGUCACCUUGCUGCAGUGUACAUGUCGCUUGGGAAGUACACCAUGGCCUUCAAGUGCUACGAAGAGCAGCUGGAGCUGGGGCAGAAGUUGAAGGACCCCAGCAUUGAAGCCCAGGUCUAUGGUAACAUGGGCAUUACCAAGAUGAACAUGAAUGUCAUGGAGGAAGCGAUUGGCUACUUUGAGCAGCAGCUGGCCAUGCUGCAGCAGCUCAGUGGGAAUGAAUCUGUACUAGAUCGGGGCCGAGCAUAUGGAAACCUAGGAGACUGUUAUGAGGCUCUGGGAGAUUUUGAGGAAGCUAUAAAGUAUUAUGAACAGUACCUGUCUGUGGCUCAAAGCUUGAACCGUAUGCAAGAUCAGGCAAAGGCCUACCGAGGCUUGGGCAGUGGGCACAGGGCGAUGGGAAGUUUACAGCAGGCUCUGGUGUGCUUUGAGAAGAGGCUCGUAGUGGCACAUGAGCUGGGGGAGGCAUUUAACAAAGCCCAGGCUUACGGGGAGCUGGGAAGUCUGCACAGCCAGCUGGGCAACUACGAGCAAGCCAUCUCGUGCCUGGAGCGGCAGCUGAACAUCGCGCGGGAGAUGAAGGACCGAGCCCUGGAGAGCGAUGCUGCCUGUGGCCUGGGAGGGGUCUACCAGCAGAUGGGCGAGUACGAGACAGCCCUGCAGUACCACCAGCUGGACCUGCAGAUCGCCGAGGAGACCAACAACCCUGCGGGCCAGGGCCGGGCUUAUGGCAACCUGGGCCUGACCUACGAGUCCUUGGGCACCUACGAGAGGGCGGUGGUUUAUCAGGAGCAGCACCUCAGCAUCGCGGCGCAAAUGAACGACCUUGUAGCCAAAACUGUGUCUUACAGCAGCCUGGGAAGGACUCAUCAUGCUUUACAGAACUACUCUCAGGCUGUGAUGUACCUGCAGGAAGGACUGAGGCUGGCAGAGCAGCUGGGACGCAGAGAAGAUGAAGCAAAAAUCCGUCAUGGCCUCGGCCUCUCCCUCUGGGCGAGCGGGAACCUGGAGGAGUCCCAGCACCAGCUGUACCGGGCCUCUGCACUGUUUGAGACCAUCCGCCACGAGGUGCAGCUGAGCACGGAUUACAAGCUGUCACUCUUCGACCUGCAGACAUCCUCCUAUCAGGCCCUGCAGCGAGUUCUUGUCAGUCUGGGUCACCACGAUGAGGCACUGGCAGUAGCAGAGAGAGGACGAACGAGGGCUUUUGCUGACCUGCUCGUGGAACGUCAGACUGGGCAGCAGGACUCAGAUCCCUAUUCUCCUGUGACCCUUGACCAGGUCCUGGAGACUGUGAAUGGCCAGAGGGGACUUGUUCUCUAUUACUCACUGGCUGCAGGUUAUCUGUACAGCUGGCUGCUGGCUCCUGGGGCAGGAAUUCUGAAAUUCCAUGAGUAUUAUCUGGGUGACAGUCUGACAGAAAAUGCUGGGGACUUCCAUGAAGCCAACAGCGUGGCCCUGCAGACACUGACAAACUCAGCACUGGAGCAGCACAUCUCCAGCGUGCGGGAGGCUCUGGGAGUGGACUCCUACUACACCAGAGCCUGUGCUAGCAGUGAGACAGAGAGUGAAGCUGGGGACAUUAUGGACCAGCAGUUUGAGGAGAUGAAUAACAAGCUGAACUCAAUGACUGACCCAACUGGCUUCCUGAGGAUGGUCAGCAGGAACAACCUAUUGAACAGGAGCUGCCAGAGCAUGACCAGCCUGUUCAGCAGUACCAUGUCUUCUGUUAAGGAUGGAACAUCAUCACUUCCAAGGAGGCAGACUUCUUUCUCCAAACCCCCACUCCGUGCUCUCUACGACUUACUGAUAGGACCCAUGGAAGGAGGUUUGAUGCAUUCCAGUGGGCCUGUUGGGCGCCACCGUCAGCUGGUCCUGGUUCUGGAGGGAGAACUGUACCUCAUUCCUUUUGCUCUCCUGAAGGGCAGUUCCUCCAACGAGUACCUCUACGAGCGCUUCAGCCUCAUUGCAGUGCCAUCCAUCCAGUCACUGAAUCCCAGCUCCAAGUCCCAUGUGAGGAAGAAUACUCCUGCUUACUCCAGUUCUACCUCAAUGGCAGCUGUGAUAGGAAAUCCCAAGCUCCCUUCAGCAGUUAUGGACAGGUGGCUGUGGGGACCUAUGCCCUCUGCAGAAGAGGAAGCAUACAUGGUAUCUGAGUUACUUGGCUGCCAGCCCUUAGUCGGCAGCUCAUCGACAAAAGAGAGAGUCAUGAGUGCCCUCACUCAGGCAGAAUGUGUCCAUUUUGCAACCCAUGUCUCCUGGAAACUGGCUGCUUUGGUCCUGACACCCAACACUGACAGCAACCCAGCCAGCAGCAAGAGUUCUUUUGGGAACCCCUACACCAUCCCAGAGUCUCUUAGGAUGCAGGAUGAUGCCAGUGAUGUGGAGAGCAUCUCGGACUGCCCUCCUCUCCAGGAGUUCCUGCUUACAGCGGCUGAUGUGCUGGAUCUGCGUCUUCCUGUCAAGCUGGUGGUUCUUGGCUCUUACCAAGAGUCCAACAGCAAAGUCACUUCUGAUGGAGUCAUUGGCUUGACAAGAGCAUUCCUGGCUGCUGGGGCUCAGUGUGUCCUUGUCUCACUCUGGCCCAUUCCUGUGGCUGCUUCCAAAAUGUUUGUGCACGCCUUCUAUUCCUCUCUCUUAAACGGGAUGAAAGCCAGCGCAGCCCUCGGAGAAGCAAUGAAAACCGUGCAGAGCAGCAAGCAGUUCUCCCAUCCAGCCAACUGGGCAGGCUUCAUGCUUAUUGGGAGUGAUAUGAAGCUGAACAGCCCUUCUUCACUGGUAGGACAGGCCCUGACUGAGAUCCUGCAGCACCCUGAAAGGGCCCGGGAUGCUCUGCGUGUCCUCCUUCAUCUGGUGGAGAAAUCAUUGCAGAGAAUCCAGAACGGGCAGCACAACUCCAUGUACACCUCCCAGCAGAGUGUGGAGAAUAAAGUUGGUGGCAUUCCAGGCUGGCAGGCACUCCUCACAGCAGUGGGAUUUCGGUUGGACCCACCAGCCAGCGGCCUCCCAGCAGCAGUGUUCUUCCCAACCUCGGACCCUGGGGACCGGCUGCAGCAGUGCAGCACCACCAUCCAGUCCCUCCUAGGUUUGCCUAACCCUGCACUUCAGGCACUUUGUAAACUUAUCACAGCUUCAGAAACAGGAGAGCAGCUUAUCAGCAGGGCUGUUAAAAAUGUGGUGGGAAUGCUGCAUCAAGUCCUGGUUCAACUUCAGGCAGGCGAGAAGGAGCAAGAUUUCCCCUCUGCACCAAUCCAGGUCUCCAUCAGUGUCCAGCUCUGGAGGCUGCCUGGCUGUCAUGAGUUUCUGGCAGCUCUAGGUUUUGACCUUUGUGAAGUUGGCCAAGAGGAGGUCAUUCUGAAAACUGGGAAACAAGCUACCAGGAGGACCAUGCACUUUGCUCUACAAUCCUUGCUGGCACUUUUUGAUUCUACAGAGCUGCCCAAGCGCCUUAGCCUGGACAGUUCCUCAUCACUGGAGUCACUGGCUUCUGCUCAGUCUGUUUCCAACCCUGUGCCCCAGUAUCAAAACCCUCCAUUCUCUCCUACCUGUCCAGACAGCAUUGCUUCAGAUGCCAUUUCUGUGUACAGCCUGAGCUCCAUUGCUUCUUCCAUGAGCUUUGUUUCCAAGCCAGAGAACAUGCUGGAUGGCACGGGACAUAGAGGACGCCAGGAUUAUGAGAGGCCCAAGAAUAUCUAUCCACACAGGUCUGCAGCUCAGAGCCAGCUGUCACCACAAGCCACUGCAACCAGCAAAGAUGAGGAAGAGUAUGAAGGUUUCUCUAUAAUCAGCAAUGAGCCUUUGGCCAGUUACCAAGAAAGCAUAAAACCAAGGUUUUCCCCUGAUCACAAACAGCCCAAAACUAGUCAGAAUGGAGGCAUUAAAGUAUCCAUCAACUCCAAAGGGAGCAUAAGUACUCCAAAUUCUCCUGUUAAAAUGACUCUCAUCCCCAGCCCAAAUUCACCUUUCCAAAAAGUUGGGAAACUUGCAAGUUCUGAUACUGGAGAAUCUGACCAGUCUAGCACUGAGACUGACAGCACUGUCAAAUCCCAGGACGACAGUAAUCCAAAGCUUGAUCCGCAAGAGUUGGCCCAAAAAAUUCUGGAGGAAACUCAGAGUCACCUCAUUGCUGUUGAACGUCUUCAGAGAAGCAGCAGCCAGAUAAGCAAGAGCAACAGCUCGGAGGAUGGGGCUGCCAGCCCGGCCGGCGUGUCCGCGUUCCGCUCCUCCGAGACCAGCGCCUUCAGCCGCCCGCUCAGCUGCAGCCAGAGGAACCAGUCCUCACCUCUUGCAAUUAAACCAAAGCCUCCAACGAGGAGUUCGUCCCUUCAGAAGGUGAGCUCUGGCUAUAACAGCCCCACGACGUCAGAGAUGUCAAACAGAGAAGGCACGGGGCAGUACAGUGGGCAGCCAUCUCCAGGUUGUGAUUCACAUGGGUCCCUUACUGAGCAGCCUCCUUUUAAACUCAAGUACCCCAGCUCUCCUUAUAGUGCUCACAUUUCUAAAUCACCCAGAAAUAUCUCUCCGAGCUCAGGGCAUCAGUCUCCCGGUGGCAGCACUCCAUCUCCUGCUCUUUCUUAUUCCUCAGCUGGUUCUGCUCGCUCAAGCCCAGCUGAUGCCCCAGACAUAGACAAAUUAAAAUUGGCUGCCAUCGAUGAAAAAGUGCAAGCAAUUCACAACUUAAAGAUGUUCUGGCAAAGCACUCCCCACCACUCCACUGGCCCAAUAAAGAUUCUCCGAGGAGCUCCUGGAACAAUGACUUCUAAGAAAGAUGUCCUCAGCUUGCUCAAUUUAUCACCACGACACAGCAAAGAAGAAAGUGCAGAGAAGUUGGAACUGAAGGACCUGUCUGUUGGGCAACACCUUGCUGCUUCACCACAGAAGAUCCCUCCAAAUGGACACAGACACCCUGAAACCACAAAUGCCAUGACAUCAGCUCAUUCCUCACCUGGCAACACUCUGGGAGCUGUGCGUCCCCUGAGGCUUCCAGCUGGGAAUGGGUAUAAAUUUUUGUCACCAGGAAGAUUUUUCCCUUCCUCCAAAUGUUGAAAUGUCCCAAGUAUCAGCUGAUGACUUACAGUCUUGUUGAAGUAUUUGCUUCUGCCCACUUGCCUUUACCAAAACAGAACCAGUAGCUAAGCAGCCGUGGUCAUGCCCUCAGCUGGCAGUGCCCAGAGAUGGGACAGGCUGGCCUGCUGUCACUGUGGGGGCACACGGCCUCACACACAUGGGUUUUCAUUUCCCUUAUCAGGACCUUGGCCAGACUCACCUGAUAAGAGGUUCUUUGUAGUAUUCAGUAUUUGCAGCAGCAGGUGCAAAGCAUCUGGUUGUCUGUUCAUUAAAUACUGGCUUUUAAGCCACCUCCUCAUAUUUCUUAACCAGAAGUUUUACAGCUGGCUUUUUGUACAGAUAUUACACAUAUCAGGGGUUGGAGAGGAA